UUCUUUGUUAAGCUUUAAGUGCAGUUUCUCACUCCCUCUCGGAAAACUUCAUAGUAUAAAUCCAAACAAACAAAUACUUCAAAUUAAAAUUUAAAACACAAGCUUCCGUAAUUUUUGUUCUCGCUCAUAUUUCUACUUUCCCAGACCCACAGCUUAUAGAUUUACAGUCAUGUCUUGGUGCACAAUUGAAUCUGAUCCCGGUAUUUUUACAGAACUUAUACAGCAGAUGCAAGUUAAAGGCGUGCAGGUAGAGGAGCUAUAUUCAUUGGACCUUGAUUCUCUGAACAAUCUUCGGCCUGUAUAUGGGUUGAUUUUUCUUUUCAAAUGGCAUCCGGGGGAAAAGGAUGACCGUGUUGUAAUCAAGGACCCAAACCCUAAUUUGUUUUUUGCAAGCCAGGUAAUCAAUAAUGCUUGUGCAACUCAAGCAAUCUUGUCUAUCCUCUUAAAUUGUCUGGAUAUUGAUAUUGGCCCAGAGUUGUCAAAGUUGAAAGAUUUCACAAAGAAUUUUCCACCGGAACUAAAAGGUUUGGCUAUCAAUAAUAGUGAAGCUAUACGCACAGCCCAUAAUAGUUUUGCGAGGCCUGAGCCUUUUGUUCCAGAGGAGCAGAAGGCAGCUGGAAAAGACGAUGAUGUGUACCAUUUUAUAAGCUAUUUACCUGUUGAUGGAGUUCUGUAUGAGCUUGAUGGAUUAAAGGAUGGACCCAUUAGCCUUGGUCAGUGCUCUGGUGGGCAAGGUGACAUGGAUUGGCUGCAGAUGGUGCAACCAGUUAUCCAGGAACGCAUUGAAAGGUAUUCCCAGAGUGAGAUUAGAUUCAAUCUCUUGGCAGUCAUCAAGAACAGGAAGGAAAUGUAUACUGCAGAACUCAAGGAGCUCCAGAAGAGGAGGGAGCGUAUCUUGCAGCAACUGGCUGCCUUACAGCCAGAUAGACUGGUCGGCAAUAGUAAUGUUGAAGCACUGAACAAAUCUCUUUCAGAAGUGAAUGCCGGGAUAGAAGCUGCUACUGAGAAGAUCUUAAUGGAAGAGGAAAAGUUCAAGAAAUGGAGAACAGAAAAUAUCCGCAGGAAACACAAUUACAUACCCUUUUUGUUCAACUUCCUCAAGAUUCUUGCUGAAAAGAAACAGUUGAAGCCUCUUAUUGAGAAGGCCAAGCAGAAAACAAGCAGCUCUAGGUGAAGGGUAUUUCUGGUUAAUUAUAAAAUUAGUCUGUGAAUUUAUUCUGGCUUGAAAACAUCUGAAGCCACAUGUUUUCAUAUUUUCCCCUGGUUAGCUUAAGACACCUGAAUUUCUUUUUAGGUGAACCUAUUCCAAAAUUUACUUGCAUUCCCCAGGUAAUGAAAUAUGCUCUCGAGUUACUUUGUUGACA